UGGAGAAGGUGAAGAGAGAAUAGACAUGAAACGAGAGUAGAAAGAGAGGGAGCAGUGAGUAAGAGCAGAGAGUAGAAGUGUAGAGUGAUUCAAGCACUGAAGAAAAGAUGGAGACUCCUCCUUCGCAACAAGGCAUCGUGAAGAAGAAGGAAACGAGGGGUCGAAAACCUAAGCCAAAGGAAGAUAAAAAGGAAGAACAACAUGGGAAAGCAAUGAAGGAAGGGAGAAAGACGCAGCAACAACAACAACCUUCCAUUGACGAGAAAUACACUCAAUGGAAGUCCCUUGUUCCCGUUCUCUAUGACUGGCUCGCCAACCACAACCUCGUUUGGCCCUCUCUCUCUUGCCGGUGGGGCCCUCAGCUUGAACAAGCUACCUACAAGAAUCGCCAGCGUCUCUACCUUUCGGAGCAGACUGAUGGUAGUGUUCCGAAUACUCUGGUGAUUGCGAACUGUGAGGUUGUGAAGCCUAGGGUUGCAGCUGCUGAGCACAUUUCACAGUUUAAUGAAGAGGCUCGCUCACCAUUUGUGAAGAAGUACAAGACCAUCAUACAUCCAGGCGAGGUGAAUAGAAUUAGAGAAUUGCCCCAAAAUUCCAAGAUAGUGGCCACACACACGGACAGCCCAGAUGUCCUUAUUUGGGAUGUUGAAAAUCAACCUAACCGUCAUGCUGUCCUUGGAGCUACAAACUCUCGUCCAGAUUUGAUAUUGACUGGACACCAAGAUAAUGCAGAAUUUGCUCUUGCAAUGUGCCCAACUGAACCCUAUGUUCUUUCAGGAGGAAAGGACAGAACAGUGGUGUUGUGGAGUAUUGAAGACCAUAUAACAUCUGCUGCCACUGACUCCAAAGCUGGUGGGUCAAUUAUCAAACCAAACUCCAAAUCUGGAGAAGGCAAUGAUAAAACUGCUGAUGGUCCUUCUGUUGGACCACGAGGUAUCUACUGUGGCCAUGAGGAUACUGUUGAAGAUGUGACUUUCUGCCCAUCUAGUGCACAAGAGUUCUGUAGCGUUGGAGAUGAUUCUUGUCUCAUCUUAUGGGAUGCACGUGUUGGCUCUAGUCCUGUGGUUAAGGUUGAAAAAGCUCAUAAUGCUGAUCUUCACUGUGUUGACUGGAACCCCCAUGAUGAUAAUCUGAUUCUUACUGGGUCAGCAGAUAAUUCUGUUCGCAUGUUUGAUCGUCGAAAUCUCACCGCUAAUGGAGUUGGGUCACCUAUUCAUAAAUUUGAGGGUCACAAAGCUGCUGUUCUUUGUGUUCAGUGGUCUCCAGAUAAAUCAUCUAUAUUUGGAAGUUCAGCAGAAGAUGGUCUCUUGAACAUUUGGGACUAUGAGAAGGUUGGUAAAAAGAUAGAGCGAUCUGGAAAAUCGAUAAGUUCUCCUCCAGGGUUGUUUUUCCAGCAUGCAGGCCAUAGAGACAAAGUGGUUGACUUUCACUGGAAUGCAUAUGAUCCGUGGACAAUUGUCAGUGUGUCUGAUGACUGUGAAAGUACUGGUGGAGGGGGAACAUUGCAGAUAUGGCGCAUGAGUGAUUUGAUCUACAGACCAGAAGAGGAGGUUUUGGCUGAGCUGGAGAAAUUCAAGUCUCAUGUGGUGGCCUGUGCUUCAAAGCCUGAAAAAUGAUAUACUUAGUAGGGAAUGAGCUUUACAUAUCUUGCUGAUGUAUUUACUUUAAUCACCCAUGUAUGGGAAUGGAGUAGGGAACUUUAAAUUAACAUAGAACAAUGGGGGUUUGUGGUUAGUAUUCCUUAAAUUGAUACAAUUCUGUUUUCUGUUUGAAGAUCAUCGUGGUCCUUGGUUCAUGAGGCUGCCACACGGCUCAAUCAAUCCGACAAACAACUGAACUGAACAUAUGUGGUUGGUUGGAGGGGUUGGAUAAUGCUUGGACACCCUUUUUUAAUUCAUGAUCCUUGGCUCUUGUAGCUCUAGACAAGCUUUUUACAGUUGGCAAAUGAGAUGCAUCUAUUCUCCUUUGUUGUGCCCCUUAUUCAAUUUGAUUUAACUUGAUUAUUUUUUGCAUCCAUUGCUAGUAGUAUGCAAUUAAUAGAUACUGUGCAUUGAUGGUGCUAUUAUUUGCUGCUGUGACUGAAGCUACUAGCAAUGUAUGAAAAAACAGGUAAACCGUUUGAAAUAAGGUUUACUAGAAAUGACUAGUUUUUCACAGAAGUAAUGAAUUAUGGUUCGUGUUUCUGCUAGGUGUUUGCAUUUCAUGUUAGUCUGUUUUAUGUCCUUAGUACGAUUUGUUU